GUGCUUUGUAUAAACUAGUAAAUCCAAGAAGGCUAGCUUUUUGCCCUUUCCUCAUCUUUUCUCCCAUUCUUGGGGGAAUAUUGGAAACCCAACAAAAGGAAGAAAAGAAGGAAAAACAUGGGCCGUGGAGUGAGCUAUGGCGGCGGUCGGAGUUCUUUGGGAUACUUGUUUGGUUCCGAGUCCGAGGGAGCUGGCCGGAGCCGGAGCAACAACUCUUCCUCUAGCUCCAAUAGUUCCCCACCACCACCACCUACUACCAAAAAGGAAGAAACUACAAGAAGCCCAGUGGCUCGUCGGAAAGAAAACAGUAGCAGCCCAAUCAAGUGGGACGUCCAAGAAGCACCUCCGGCCCAACCACCACCUACUACCAAAAAGGAGGAAACUACAAUAAGCCCAGUGGCUCGUCGAAAAGAAUUCAGUAGCAGCCCAAUCAAGUGGGAAGUCGAAGAAGCACCUUCGACCCAACCUGGUCACUUGAAAAACAACUACUAUAGGUCUGAAGGUCAGAAUUGUGGCAACUUCAUUACGGACCGACCGACGACCAAGGUUCAUGCUGCUCCAGGAGGAGGGUCCUCGUUAGGCUACCUAUUCGGCGAUCCUAACAAAAAAUGAUGUAUUCUUGUCCAGAAAAAAUGAUUUGGUGGAUGUGCUUAUUGUAUUUUGAUUGUAUACUUUGCGUCAGUUGAUCUAAAAUAUGAAAUUUAAUGGCAAAUGACAGAAAAACAAUUACGAAUGUCAAGUCUAUCUCAUCCAUUUAUCUUUUUUCCAUUUUAUCUAUUUUUUUACAUGAUGAUCUACUUAGUUAGGAAAUGAAUUUGCUCGAUCAUGGAUCAUUUUAGUGCACUUUUGUAUGACACAUUCUCCUCAAAAGAGCUCUAAGGGUUAGUUGCCAUUGCAUUGAGUAAUGAAUUCUAAGAUUAUAGAUUUUAAAUUUAUCCAAUUGUAAAUCAUUCCCUCUCGCCCCCUAAUGAUGAUAUUAAUUAGAAAUUGAAAAC